AGAACACCGUACCAAAUCUCCUUGCAUAUAUGUAUAAAUACCUCCCAUUUCUACUGGCAAAGACCACACAGAGAAAGGCAAUGGAGUCGGCUAAAUCAAACAUCCAAGGCUACCAAAAUGUCAUCGUGAUGCGUCAUGGUGAUCGACUCGACAAUUUCGAGCCACUCUGGACUUCAACAGCUGCGAGACCGUGGGAUCCACCGCUUGCUCAGGACGGUAAGAACCGGGCCUUUAGAAAUGGUCAGAGACUCCGGUCUCAGGUUGGGUUUCCGAUUCACCGUGUAUUCGUCUCCCCUUUCCUCCGCUGCAUCCAGACUGCUUCCGAAGUCGUUGCCGCUCUCUCAGCCGUCGAUUUUGAUCCUAAUGCUGUGUCUUCUAGAGACGUCCUUUCCAUCGACAAUACUAAGAUCAAGGUGGCUAUUGAAUUUGGAUUGUCCGAGAUACCGAACCCAAUCUUUAUUAAGAGUGAAGUUGCUCCCAAAGAUGGGAAAUUUGAUUUCAAGAUUUCAGAUCUUGAAGCAAUGUUUCCUGAAGGAACAGUGGAUUCUAAUGUGGAUAUGAUUUAUAAAGAGGUGCCAGAAUGGGGAGAAUCUGCACAAGCCUUCGAGGAUCGAUAUUAUAAGACAGUGAAGAUUCUUGCGGAGAAGUAUCCUUCUGAGAACUUGCUCUUCGUCACUCAUUGGGGAGCAGUAAGUGUUGCAUUUUACAACUACUUCAAAGACGCAACUAAGUACGUGGUAGAUUAUUGUGGUAGUGUUGAAAUGAGAAGGCAGAUUUUGAAUGGUGAUGGGUUUGGUAAAUUUGAGGUGGUUACUAGUCAUGGAGUAUCUUAUAAGUACACCAAAAUCCCAGUCCAUGAUCAUGUACUUGUAAGCCAAUCUCCGGUUGAACCGGUUUGUGUGUGAAUAUCUGGUUUAACGGUUUCCUUCAAU